AUUGGAGUCUUUUUGACACACGAGCAAACCAUCUCCCCUCAUCGCGCGGUUCUUCCCCUCACUUGUCUUAGUAAACGUGAGUGAGUGAUACGGAGAGUACUACUGUACAAGUUGUUUAUAGCCGACAACCGCAAUCGUUUAGAGGAGGUGGGCAAAACUACACGUUCCUUUGCUAGACACUGAAAGAACGGUCGACGCACCUCACCACUCGCUCUCAGCGACACACUCACGGCCUACACACGUCACUUUUGUGUUUCCAAAACAUGUCAGGGCCGCCAGUCCCAUUUUCCUCUCUACCCCUCAACAAGGACGACUCUUCGACCCGCCUCAACGCCUGGGGCGCCUACGGUCCCGACGACGAACUGGGCUUCUUGAACCGUCAGACACCCGCCGUGGUCGCCGCCGCGGCGGAUUCCGAGAUCAAGACGGGGGUCCGGGUCCCCGUGGACGCCCCGCUCGACUUCCAAGGGGACACGCCCCUGUUCGGCCGCCAGGUGUUCAAGAAGGACGUCUACCAGAAACGUCCCCGCAUCGUCCACGACGACACCUGGCACUUCAACACCCAGUCGUCGACCCAGUGGGACGGUCUGCGGCACUUUGGGUACCAAAAGGCCCAGAGGUUCUACAACGGCACCACGGUCGAGGACAUCGCCGGGACCACCCCGAGAGGCCGAGCCAACCCCAACGUUUUGGGCAUCCACGGCGCGGUCGAGCGUGGAGGGGUGAUGGGCCGCGGCGUGCUCGUCGAUUUUCGGGCCUGGGUGGACGAAGGUCCCGGGAAAGAUAUCGUGGGGACGAGCUUCGAAAACUUCCAAACCAGCGGCAUCAAGUUUGAAUGGAUCCUCGAAACCCUCAAGUGGCAGGGCAACACUCAACCCCGGUUCGGCGACAUCUUGAUCGUCCGGAGUGGAUUCUUCAAGGCCUACCGUCAACUCGUGGCGGACGGCGACGACGCAGAGAUCCAGAGACUUGUCAAGAUGAGUCCUCCGGGGUUGGGUGGUGUGGAACAGUCCGACCAGGUCUUGAAGUGGAUCUGGGAACACUUCAGCGCCGUGGCGAGUGACCACCCGAGUUUCGAGAGGUGGCCCACGCCUUUCGACUGGAGCAUGCACGAGGUCCUGUUGGCCGGUUGGGGUUGCAACAUCGGAGAGUUGUUGGACCUGGAGAAACUCAGUCAGGAGUGCAAGAGGCAACAGAGGUGGACUUUCUUCCUGGCCAGUGUCCCUUGUUACGUCCCCGGAGGUGUGGCAAGUCCGGUCAACGGCGUCGCCAUAUUUUGAAAGUUCUGUGAGCGUACACGCGUGGGAGGAGAGC